ACCUCUUGAUCGAUUAGAUAGCAUUCUCUCUGUUUCUUCAGUCGUAAAAUGUCUCAAAAUUCCUCACACGAUAUCACAAGUGACGUAGACCAACCGGAUGUUUGUGUUGAUUUUGCUGAUUUAGGCCCCGGCAUGGUUAAUAUGAGGGUUAAGGUGAGAAUUAUUAGGAGGUUUGUGUGUCCUGCGUAUGGCGCUAGGUUCGUGGAUUUCGUACUGGAAGAUCCAAAGGGUCAAAAGAUACAUGCUGUAAUUGGUGGGGACGUCGCGCAACGGUUCUCAUCUAUCCUCAUAGAAGGCAAUUGCAUAACUUUAUCCGACUUUGUUGUACGAAUGGCUCUCGGAAGGUUUAGACCGUCUUCGCAUAGAUUUCGACUUGGUUCAAACGCUCUCACUUCGGUCAAUUUAAUAAGGCCUUUCUCUCAAAGUGAUAAUUUCCAUUUCGCGAAGUUUAGUGAUAUCAAAGAAGGACACCUAAAUCCUUGCUUCUGUGUUGGCAAUGUUACUGCUACUACAGCUUGCACGUGCACUCAAUUCUUCUUCGAUCAUGAAUGUCCUGAGUUUUUGAUGGCUCGUCCCCGAAGUUCCAUCUGUGUAUCUGAUCUAAUUCCUUCUAUGAAUGAAAGAAUGAUGGGAAGAUUCAUAAUAAUUAGAAGAUUUCGUUGCUCUUCACGUUUGGACACGUUGGAGCUAAUACUAGCCGAUGAAAAGGGUGACAGGAUACAAGCUUCAAUUGGUUUGGAUUGUUUGGCUUAUGAUUCGAGUAGACUUGUCGAAGGAACGUGGAUAUUUAUAAAAGAUUUUGGCUUGGUCGACGCUGUUGGGUCUGUUAGGCCAACUAGGCAUGCCUAUAAAAUUCUUUGGAAUCUAUCGACUUCUUUUAAGAGAACUGUGGUUACUGCUUCUGUUGACUAUUUUAAGUUUGUACGUUUUGAAGAUGUUCUUGCUGGUUUAGUCGAUCCAUGUGUUUGUGUUGAUUUGAUUGGUCGUCUCAUGUGUGUUGGAAAUUAUGACGAGGAUGAGGGAGUGAAUAGUACGUGGGAGCAGAUAUAUUUGGAGUUAGAGAAUGUUAGGGGUAUUCGUAUUCGCUGUCGCUUGCCGAAGGGGUAUGCCACGAAAUUUUUUUCUGGUCUGAAGACUUGUGCUGAUAACAUCAUCCUGUGUGUGAUGCGGUUUGCUAGACUAGAGCUUUCUCGAGUUAAGGUUCUUAACAAAUGGCGUGAGAGAUCUGAAGCCGGUUAUCGAACUUUACGCAUGAUUUUGUGUGAUAAAAGGGGUUCUAUGAUUGAGGCUAAAAUCAAUUCCGAACUCAUUACUGAGUAUGAUUCCGAGUUCAAAGAUGGUGACUGGAUAGCUCUUCAUCAUUUCGAAUUAGAUUUGGUAACUGGGGAUAUGAGAACUACGCGUCAUGAUUAUCGGAUCAAUUUUCUUCCUUCGACAAUUUUGAAUCUGAUACCUGACAAAGACGAUCUUCACUAUGCACUAUAUCCAUCCUCUUUCCUUGACGUUUUGGAUGAUAAACUCAUAAGAACUUACCUGAUAAAUUUGAUUGGGUAUGUGGUUGAUAUCGACGACAUAAAAUACUCUGACCCAAGUAAACGAAGCGCUGGUUAUGCGAUGACGUCUUUCAAAAUUAAGGACGCAAAGAAUUAUGUACUGCCGUGUGUUGCUAUCGGAGAUCUUGCUGAGCAUUUUCACGAUGAGUGGAAAAGGACUAGGAGUUCGCGGGUUGUUUGUGUUUUGCGGUGGUGGGGAAUCUAUAAAGUUUCCGGACAUAUGGUUAUCCAAUCGGUUGGUAGAUGCAGUCGUUUGGAUCUUGAUCCUGAUAUGCCUGAGGUUGCUGAUUUCCGAAAAACGAAAGAUCAGUGUUUUAUGAACAUGGCUGCUACAUUAAAAUUUGCUGAUCUAAACGUCGGACAAGAUAAGUGUGUUGUGUGUGUUAAGAUCCUUGCUCUGUGGAUCCCUAACGAGGAUAGGCUCGGCCGUGUUUGCAAAAUGAUACUAGCUGACGAGGAGGGUGUUAAGAUUGAGUCAACUGUUCCCCAUCCUCAUUAUUCCAAGAGGUUCGAGAAGAUUCUUGAGCAGGGCCGUUGGUUUCUUUUUGAAGAUUUUAGGGUCGUUACUAAUCCAGAAGUCUUGAGGAACACUGCUUGUCCUUAUAUAAUCCAGUUCACUUGCAAAACUAAAAUUGAACCGAUUUUGGGAAAAAAAGAAUCUGGUUUCUUUAAUUUUAUAUCGUACACAGAUAUCAUUGAGGGGAGAAAUCUCAAACUUGAUCUUCCUGUUGACCUUUAUGGAGUCAUCAUCAGGAUCUCGAGGGUUAAAAGACUUCCUUAUGUUGCUAACUGGGAUGAGGUUGGUAAACAACCUAAUUAUCGCAAUUUUCAGAUCGUUGAUGCAGAAGGUACGGUGAUAAACUGUUGUGCAAUGAAGAAUCAUUGCACUGAGCUAACAAAGAUGUGGAAUGAGGCAAAUUAUGACAUUAGAGUACGUGGGUCUACGGUCUUUUGUGUGCUAAGGUUUUGGAUGAUCUCUGGAUUAGAAGCCGAAAGAUGUGUUACCAGUGGAGAUGGGUGCUCGCAGCUCCUACUGGAUCCUGAAAUUGCUGAACUUGAAGAUGAGAUAUAUAUUGCCAAAUUCACAAGCCAGUUUUAUAAAAAAAAGGCUGAUCCGGAGAGUGAAGAUGAGAUUGACUGGGGGAUACCAAUUCAGCGGUGGGAAAAUCCACGGUAUCAUACCUAUGGAGCUUAUGCCACAGUUUUCGUCGAGAAUCGUGGAGAACCGAUGGAUAGUGAUAACAGAUUUUAUUUUGAGACCUGUCGUGGAUGCGUUGAAGCCUGUUGCUCAUAGAUUUGAGCUGGUAUUUCAUAAAAAAACAUUAUGCGAUACUCUGCAGGAGAGAUCGGGUGAUGGUUUCUAUGAUUUCGUGGAUUUUGGGAUAAUCCUAAAUGGGUCGCAUGAUACGUCCAUUUGUGUUGGUAUGGUUUUUAUCAGUUGUUUCUUUUUUUAUAAAUUAG